GGUUAGAGAGGCGGGACAUCAGCCGGAUGGGAGUCUUUCGCCAUUGCGCCGCGGCCAGGAUAAGUAGUAACUGCUGCCUAGGGCGCCGAGUUGGCCCGCUACCAUGAGGAAGUCUGUCCCGCAACUGCUGCUGCUCGUGCUGCUGGCCUUCCCGGCCGCCUUGCUUCUCGGAGGCCCCCGAGGCAGCUCAGGAUCUGGCUUGCUGGUGGCUGCUCAAGAUGCCACAGAAGAUGAGGAAGCAAUAGAGGAUACAGUUGUUGAAGAUGAAGAUGAUGAAGCUGAAGUUGAAGAAGAUGAACCCACAGAAUUGACAGAAGAGAAAGAAGAAGAAGACUUAUCUGGGGAACCUAAAGCAUCACCUAAUGCUGAUACAACAAUCUUGUUUGUGAAGGGAGAAGACUUUCCAGCAAACAACAUUGUAAAGUUUUUGGUAGGCUUUACUAACAAGGGUUCAGAAGAUUUCAUUGUAGAGUCUCUAGAUGCAUCAUUCCGGUACCCUCAAGAUUACCAGUUCUUCAUUCAAAAUUUCACAGCUCUUCCUUUGAACACAGUUGUUCCACCACAGAGACAGGCCACAUUUGAAUAUUCCUUCAUUCCUGCAGAGCCUAUGGGUGGACGUCCUUUUGGACUAGUUAUCAAUCUCAAUUAUAAAGAUCAAAAUGGGAACUUUUUCCAGGAUGCUGUUUUCAAUCAGACUGUUACAAUUAUCGAGAAAGAAGAUGGACUAGAUGGUGAAACGAUCUUUAUGUACGUAUUUCUUGCUGGACUUGGACUCCUUGUCAUUGUUGGUCUACAUCAGCUGUUGGAAUCAAGAAAGAGAAAAAGGCCAGCUCAGAAAGUAGAGAUGGGGACAGCCAGUCAGAAUAACGUUGACAUGAGUUGGAUUCCUCAAGAAACUCUUAAUCAAAUAAUGCAAAGUAGAAGAGAUAAAGCAUCGCCAAGGCGGUUGCCCCGCAAAAGGUCACAGAAGAGACCAGUGGGAUCUGAUGAGUAAAUAUUGUCAGUACAGUCAGCCUUUAUUAACCCAGCCAUCCAAUCCUUCCCUCUUGUUUUUGCUUGAACUGGGAGUUGUGCUGAGAAGCCAUAUUGACUGAGAAGAGUACUAUGAAACAUUUGGACUAAGCAUUUAGUUGUGUUCAAAGAACAUUGCUAAAAUGCACUUGUUCCUUUUAAAGAAACUCUUAAGAAUCAUUGUGCUAUCUGAAAUGUGCCUUUAGAGUCUCUUCAUAAUGCUUAUUUGUCAUCUGCGUCCCUUAGUUUCUGUCUUCAGACACCUCAUUUUUUAACCCUGUUCUUACUGUAUCCUGUCAUAGAAGGUCUUUAUGCAUUUUCCUAUCUACUACCCAGCAUCACUGGUCUCAUUCUUUGCCACAUGUAUGCAGCUAAUUCCUACUAGGCAUGUCGGAUCUGUCAUAAUGCACUGAUUCAUGGUUUUGUCUGUCUAGUAUUCUAAAGGCACAAACAGGCGUAACUGCUUUUAGCAGUAUUUUUUUAAAUUGUUGCUGCUGUUUGACAUAAAGCGCACAUGGAAUCCAAGAUCCAAAAUGUUGUUGCAUAAGUGUGAAAUAAGGGAUUUCUUGCAGCAGCUGCAUGUGUGAAGUAAGGAUUGUGUGCCCACUUUGGCAUUUUAUCAUCCCCUUUUUGAUAGAACUGCAUCUGUAAUAAAUUGCUAGCAUUUAUAGUCCACAAAACAGGUGAUCAUAGGCAAAGUCACUUUUGAAUGCUAGCUUCCUAUUCUUAAAAACUGGUUAUCAUUAGUAUAAUUGUGUGGACUCCCAUCUUUUGGAAACCCAAUCAUGGAUAGAAAAAUGCGUUGACUUACUUGGAUAAAGCUGGAUACAAGGUUUGACUUUUGUGAAGGUGUCUUCGGGCAACAAUUUACAAACUCAAUAUAAUUGUGUUCUUUUGUUCCCGUAUUUGAUUGUAUACAAAGUAAGUUCAAAAUUACAGUAAAAACAUAAAUUAAGUUUUAUUUUGGAGUUA